AUGCUGGCUGGAAUAGUGGUUCAGCCAGUGGGCCUCCUCAAGAAUGUUGCAUUUGAUAGCAGUCCAAAGUUCUGGCUCUUGGAACCAGGAUCAUUAGCAUCUUUAAAACAAGAAGAGUCCAAGCCAAUGCCGCUGUUUAUGUCAGACAUCCAGAGGCUCCUCUUGCUUACUCAGAUGGGAAUCUGCUGCCCUUACCCACCACGGUGGUGCCGUCUGCUGCGUCAAUCGAAGAUCUCUCACACUGUUUGCUGUGUUAUUGAGGGCACAACACUGAAUGAGAUGCAAGUGCAAGAUAAGGGGGGAAUCCUUGAUGCCUUAUUUCAAGACAGGGUCUCCUUUGUUGCUCCAGCACGCUAUGGCUCUGGAGUCCCACAAGAACUCUGCCAUAUCCCUGUCUCCAGCACCAAACUCAACAAACUUGUCAAAGAGUAUGGGAGUGUUGAGGAUGCUGUGAAGAAUGGGGAGGUGUGUCAGAUGUACAAAGCCCUCUUCCCCAUUGACUCCCUGAUAAAGCGAGACAGUGUAGCAACACCAAAUGACAGCAAAAAAUUCCAUCGCAUGCUUCUACUUCUCAGUCCAUAUGAGAUGGUUGUUGAGAACUUUCCUAUCCCCCUGGGAUCAGAGUGGUCUGAUUACACAAUGACACAGGACCGGUAUGAUGAGGUGACCCCAGACUCCCCCCUUUACGCUGUUGAUUGUGAGAUGUGUCUCACGAUGGAUCAGAAGCAUGAACUUACCCGUAUUGCUGUCGUCAAUGAGGCGUUGAAAGUUGUGUAUCAUUCAUUUGUGAAACCAGCAAAUCGCAUCAUAAAUUAUCUCACCGAGUACAGUGGAAUUACAGCUGAGAUGCUUGCCAAUGUCAACACAACACUGGAAGAAGUUCAAAGGGACCUGAAGGCAUUGCUUCCAAAAGAUGCUAUCCUCAUUGGGCAUUCCCUCAACUCAGACCUCCAUGCCCUGAAGAUGUUCCAUCCAUACGUGAUCGAUACCAGUGUGAUCUUGAAUACGACUGGGUUGCCGAAUCGCAAAGACAAGCUGUCAACCUUGGCACAAAUCUUCUUGGGGAAGACAAUUCAGAGCGAGGAAACAGGACACAAUCCCAUUGAGGAUGCCACUGUCACCAUGAGGCUCUGCCUCCUCAAGCUCAAGCAUGGGUUGCAGUUUGGGGAUGUUUGUCAGGGCUGGGUCCCAGGCACAGGAGCUGAAGACAUCUUCAAUGGAGCUCCUGUCAAAGACCUCAAUGAGAGCUUUUUCCAUUAUCUCUGCUAUGACUCCCGAAAAUCUGCAUCUUUAGUGGGGAAGGAGAGUGCAAUCUCAUGUUAUGAAGAAAUGCUGAAGGGCUACCGUGCGAGCCAGAAUGUCCACCUCCUCCCAAAGGCAUGCAACAAGCACGUGGCCAACUACGUCUACGAUCACACAAGGGACUUCUCCCUCCUUGUGUCUCAUUUCGUCGUGUCUGACUCCAAGUCCGGAGAUGCUCGUGCCAAGGAUCUGGAGAGGAUGGUGCGUCGACUCCGCAAGAUCCACACCAAUGCUGCACCCAGUGCCUUCUUCAUUGUGAUCAUCAGUGGCACUGAUACCGAGGAUGGUGCUUGUCUUGUUGGGAUUAAACAGGCCGUGGUGGUGGCGGCGGUGGUGGUAGUCGCGCCUGCUAUAGGUGUAAUCAGGAGGGGCACAUGGCCCGGGACUGCCCAAAUGGUGACGGUGGCGGUGGUGGGGGUCGUCGUGGCUACGGUGGAAGCAAUUCUUGAGGGACUGGACAAGACGGUCGAAGCACUGCAAAAAGAGCCAGCUAAGUCUGGCUACGCCAUUGAUCAAGAAAGGAACGAGCAUGAGGUCCUCGGCGAGGGAACUUCCGAAACGGGAUUAACCGAAGAUAAGGAAAGGUCUCAUCCCAUUGGAAACAAUUUCCGCUUGGGAAUAAUUGCAGGAAACAACGUCACGGCAGCACCUGCCCUUCCCCCGCGCCAAGUCGAGCAGGUUCCCAUGGCAGUGGCUCGGGAGGGCAGCGGUCCUCCGCGCAUGCGCACCUCGGCGCUGCCCCGAUUCGCGCUUUCGCCUUCCCUCUCUCUUCUCAGCGUGCGUCACAGCCUGCACCGCCUCGGCUGCGCUUUUCAACUGGGCUCAUUGGCCACCAAGCAGCACUCCACCCAUCACAACUCAGAGUCCAAGGAAGACCUGCCUGAAAUGCCCAUAGAGAAUCUCUCUGAGACCAUUUCCCCUGGAAUAAAAUUUGAGGAAUAUGAAAUUCCUGUCAAGGUCAGGGGGAAUAAUCCACCAGUUCCUAUUGAAACAUUUCAAACUUUAUUCAAUCAAGAGACCCUCUUGGGUAAUAUGAGAAGAGCCAACUACAAGGUACCCACUCCAUUUCAAAAAUAUGCCAUCCCGAUUGUGAUGUCAGGACGAGAUCUCAUGGCCUGUUCUCAGACUGGAUCUGGAGCAAUAACUGCUUGUGUUUUGCCAAUACUACAUAAGUUGUUGGCUGAUGGUAUAAAUGAAGUAGCAUUUAAUGACCAGCCAGAACCAUAUGUCUUGAUUCUGUCCCAUACCCUGGAAAUGGCCACCAAGGUCUACAAGGAAUGUCUGGCGAUGUCUGAGGGUGCCUUUCAUCAGCCCCUGGUGUCAUUUCUUGGUUCUGGGGCUUCCCAAACAAAGAAAAUUGAAAAUGGAUGCUACAUCUUGGUGGCUACACCUGAAUCACUCCUGGAUUUUGUUGACAGGGGUAUUGUCAGUUUCAAGAAGGUGAAGUCCCUGGUUCUUAUGGAAGCUAAUCAGAUGAUACCAGAUAAGAUAAACAUCAUGUCUGAAGUCAGGAAGAUAGUCAGUCACCCAACCAUGCCCAAAGAGGGGGAGAGGCAGACCCUGAUUUUUGCAGCUAGAUUCCCUAUAGAAGCCCAAUCCUCAUUUCAGUUGCUUCUCAGCAACUAUAUUUUCUUGGCUGCUGGAAUGGUGGGAUUAUUCUACAGGGACAUCAGGAAAGACUACCCCUUUGAAACAAGGCGAAACAAACUCAUGGAGAUCUUGGAUGAAUGUGGGUGCUGUUGUAGAAAUGGUAAGGAUGCCAUGAGCAGACGGAGACUGUGUCCACAUUAUGGGGCCUUCUUCCUACUGCAGGACAGCAUGUCAUCUCCAAUUGAAUCCAGCAAGAUGUUGCAUCCCAUGCAUCUGCUCCUCAGCCUUUCUGAGAUGUACAGAGAUAAAUUCCCCAUUCCAAGAACUUCAGAAUGGUGUGAUUACAAAGUAACUUGUAACAAGUACUGCAAGGUGAAACAGGAGUCCCCACUGUUUGCAAUAGACUGUGAGUUUGUGGGCACAGAUGUUAAUGACGAGGAACUUGCCCAUAUCGCUGUUAUAAACCAGGAUUUGGAAAUUGUUUAUAAGACUCUAGUGAAACCGUUGCAUCCAAUUGUGGAUUAUCGCACUGAGAAGAGUGGAAUUACGGCAGAAAUGCUCUCCAAUGUUGACAUGACCCUGGAAGAAGUUCAAAGGGAUCUGAAGGCAUUGCUUCCAAACGAUGCUAUCCUUGUUGGGCAUUCCCUCUGUUAUGAUUUUCAUGUUCUGAAGGUGAAGUUGACCUUUACUAUCAUAAACAAGAUCUUCCAUCCUUACGUGAUCGAUACCAGUGUGAUAUUUCAUAUAUCACAAAAGAAGAAGGACUCCCUUGCUGAGCUGGCCCAGUAUUUCUUUGGGGAGGAGAUCCAGAAGAAUGAGGAGGGCCAUAAUCCCCAAGAGGAUGCCACCGUUGCCAUGAGACUCUGCCUCCUCAAGCUCGAGAAAGGGCUCGAGUUUGGGAACAACCUCGCAGACCGACUCCCACUGAGGAGGACAAGAGAGUGAAGUUGGAAUUUUAUGAGCCCAGAGAAAGGAGGGGAUAUACUGUAAUAUAUGUUCACCAACUGGAAUGUGAAUGUGGUUGGCCCACUAACGCAGUAUGUCGAUGGAAUGUUUCCUGCAUAUUGCCAAUAUUACUUUAUGUUGCAAGAUGAUGAACAACAUUGACCCAACAUUGUUUUAAAUUUAAAGACAAAUUUCCACUUUUGAGCUCUUGGAAUGUUGCUGAGACACUUUUACCAAUGUUAUUGUGACAUCUGCUUUCAAUAUUGAUAGAAAGUUGAUACUGUUGACAUUGACAGCAACAUUCUAAUGCAACUUUUUGGUGAAACUUUGAAAUGUGGCAAUUCUCUGAUGUGCAGCCAACUCCACUCAUUGGAACGCUCCCUUGAUCAGUAUCCUUUAUUCCAUUAUACUGAGCAUUCCAUUAACCAAAACUACCAUG